GUAAACAACAAAUUCAGUUUAAUGUCAGUCACUGUCUCGAUUUGUUCACCACUAUUGUUAACUUUUUAUCAUUAAGAUCGUUUUUUUUUUAUAAAUAGUAAUUUAAAUGUCGUCGACAAGCAACUUCGUUCAAUCCGAAUUUCGGUAUGAUGAAGGUAAAAGUCCUUUGAUACUUUUGGCAGAGACUUGUCGAAAUAUUGGUUUAGAUACAACUUCAAGUAAAUCAGCAAAAUCUUCAAUUGAUCAUGUUAAAUCUUCAAAUAAUUCGUCUUCUCUUUCAUCUUCAUCAUCCUCUUCAAUUGAAUCUUCAUCCUCACGUAAAAACAAUGAUUCUUGUCGUUUAUCUGUAUCACCUUUGAGAAACUCAACACCAAUCAAUUCAACAAAUCGAACCAGUGCCAAUUCAGUGAAUGGAUCAAACAACAUAACCAUAACCAAUCAUUCAUCAUCCUCUUCAUCUUCAUCAACGGAUAGUUUCAUUGGGAAUAAUAACAACAACAACAGCGUAACCACCAGCAUAAGUAAUAGUGAAUCAAAUGGAUGCUCUUUCAAGCCAUAUGAAGAUCACAUAAUCAGUAAAAAAAAGUGUCCUGACGAUUCCCGAACCCGCUCAACACCUCAAAACGCUCAACAUAGUGAUAAUAAAAGUCGACAUCAUCACAAUAAUAAUAAACACUAUGUCAAUAAAAGUGAAAAUAUCUCAAAAUCUUACGAAUCAAAUAGUUUAAACAAACGGGAAAAUGUAAAAAGUUCAUCAUCUCUAUCAACUAAUGUGUCUAAUAUCGGAUCAUCAUCAUCAUCAUCAUCAACAACAACACCAUCAACAUCAUCGACAGUCAGUACAUCAUCUUCAAAUACAACAUCAACUUCAACGGUUCAUGUUAAUCAUUCAUCUCCAUCAUCAAAAGGUUCCAAUUGCAAUGAUUGUUUAUCUCCUCAUCGACCAUCAUCAAAACCUUAUCCACUGACUGUAGAUAGUGUCUCCAAAUAUGUACCAUACCCAUCUCUCUCACCAUACCUUGGCCUUCCUCCACCAAAUGGUUAUGAUCCCGCUUCAGUUGCCGCUGUUGCAGCGGCUGUAGCUGGACACUGUCAUUCGCCGAGUAUGUGCCGAGAUCCAUUUUGUGCUGGAUGUCGGUUUAACGCUGCCGCAGUUGCAAACGCUUUACAUCAUCAUCAGGUAUCACCUUGUCCCGCUGGAUGUACACAAUGUUCACAUGUUACAUCUCAAAUGACCUCAUCAAUUAGCCAUCAAAUUGCUGCUCUUCAAGCAAACGGCUAUUUACCGGGUAAUUCAUUUUAUCCACCACCACCACACCCUCAUCAUUCACACCCUGCAAAUCCACCAACAUCCUCAUCCUCAUCCUCUUCCUCCUCAUCAACCAAUUCACCCCAAGCAGCAGCCGCCGCUGCUGCUGCUGCUGCUGUGGCCGCUGCCGCUUCGGCUUCAAAUGUAAAUGGUAAACCAAACGUAUGUAGUUGGAUGAUGGGUAAUACUUAUUGUGGUAAAAGAUUCACCUCAUCAGAGGAGUUACAACAACACCUUCGCAAUCACACCUCUUCUGUUUCAGCUCUUGCCUUUCUCGGUCAAUAUCCUCACCUUGAUCCAAUGUUAACUAGUCCAAUUGCUGGUUUAAGGCGAACUACUUUUGUCCCAGUUAAUCGUCAUCAUCCGUACAAAUCUUUAACCACCAGUGGAUCACCAUUGAACACCUUAACUAAUGGUUUAACUGGAGCAAUUCAUAAACCACCACCAGGAUCACAAUUGAAUAUGCAUUAUCCACCCUAUGGACCAUAUACUGGACGACUUGGUCCACCCAUUUUACCUUGAAAGAGAGAGAGAGAGAGAGAUCGAAUAAAAUAAAAAGAAAACAAUUAAAAGCUUAAUGUAUUUGACAAAAACAAAAUAUAAUUAAGUUGAAAAGUUAUAUAUUCAAUCAAAUUAAGAUCCCCCAUAGUGAACAAAACUAAUUUAAUCAUGUUGAAACUUCAAUAAUAAUCAUAUUUGAAAUACCUUGAGUAUAAACAAAACAAAAAGCUCAUUCAACAUCAAUUUUAUUUGACCGACAAUCAACUGAUUGUUUACAAACAAACAACAUCAAUUUCAUGAUAAAAUCAAUUCAAUCACAUAACAUAAUUGAUAAUGUUGAUAUAAUGAGGAAUAGAUAAAUUUGAGUGUUGUUAAUAUAUUGCAACAAUUAACAAUCAACCAUAAGUAAUUAACAUUAAGAUGAUCAAUCAACAUGAUUAUCUCAUGAAAAAAAAACAUUAAAACCAAUUGAAAUGUAACCGAUUGAUUUAUAUUAAGUUAAUGACCAAAGGAGACAUUGAUUGUUGACCUUUUUUUUCAUUAACAAUUACUUUUCACAAUCAAGUCGAUUGUUAAAUUUCAAUUUUCUAAUUGUGCUAAUUUAGCAAUCAUCCUAAUGAGAAUUGUAUAUAUUUAUUGUUACUGAUGACAAGCUCAUUGAUAUGAUGACAAUCAAUUUCAAUAAUUGUAAAUCAACAAUUAGGUGAAACCUUAAACAUAAUUAAUUGUAAUUAACUUUCACAAAAUGAGUUUCACUUGAUAACAUUGUGUUAAUAACUUAACCCUUUUAUUUGUGUCUAUCGAGUAAAAAAAAAUCCAUUUCAUAUAACCAAA